AUGCUCCCUGAGCGCAUUGUGCGAAAUGGAAGCUUAGCCUGCUUGCCUACUAGAAAAGAAUAUUUAAAGAAUGGAAAAUGGAAAUAUAGAGAAAUGCGCGCCGCGCGCCGCACGCCGCUCGCCGGCGAAAAUUGUGAAAUUCAAUCUCCUACCCCAUUACCAAAUACCAUUUAUCUCUGCAAUUGUCCAAAUAAUUAUUUUCUAAUAAAAAUGGUGCAC